AUGGCGAUGGAUCUCGACACCAUCCCGGACCUCCUCUCCGAACAACGAGACGCGGCGCCAGAGGAUGUGCAGCACUACUAUCUGCAGUUCGAGGACUUCUGGGAAAGAAAGCUCUGGCACGAGCUGACGGACAUACUGGUCGAAUACUUUGAGCGGCCGGAGAGCGCCUCGCAGCGGAUACCGCUGUACACCGGCUUCAUCAGCACCUUUGACCAGAAGAUCAACCAGCUUAAGCUUGUCACACUGGGCUUGAGUGCAUCAACACAGUGCAAAGAUGACCAAGAACGCCUCACCUUCCUCCAAACGCUGGCCGACAAGGUGAACAAGCCCGCCUCACAAGACGCAUACGUCUAUGCCACCGUCGCCGUCGCCGAAAUCCAGUUACACCUUCAGGACUACGAGGGCGCGCGGAAGAAGCUCGAUGAGUGCGAGGGGAUACUCGACACCUUCGACUCCGUCGAGACUGUCGUGCACGCCUCCUUCUACCGCGUAAACGCCGAAUACUAUAAGGCCAAACACGAAUUCGCCUCCUACUACAAAUCCGCCCUCCUCUACCUCGCCUGCAUCGACCUCUCCACCCUCUCCCCCACGGACCGCCAAGCACGCGCCUACGACCUCAGCGUCGCAGCCCUCGUCUCCGACUCGAUCUACAACUUCGGCGAGCUGCUGCUGCACCCGAUCCUCGACUCCCUCACCAACAGCCCCCACUCCUGGCUGCGGGACCUCCUCUUCGCCUUCAACCGGGGCGACCUGCGCGCCUACGACGUGCUGACCGGCAACAUCAGCAAGAACGACCUGCUCUCCGCACACGAGAUGUUCCUGUACCAGAAGAUCUCGCUCUCCGCGCUCACCGAAACAGUCUUCAAGCGCCCGCCCCAUGACCGCGCCAUGACCUUCGGCGCCAUCAGCGAGGAGACCAAGGUCCGCCACGACGAGAUCGAGCACCUUAUCAUGAAGGCGCUGAGUCUGGGACUGUUGAGGGGCACGAUUGAUCAGGUAGCUGAGGUCGCGAGGAUUAACUGGGUCCAGCCGAAGGUGCUGGAUCAUAAGCAGAUUGAGAGUAUGAGGGGGAGGCUGAGGGAGUGGGAUGGGAGUGUUAAUCAGCUGGGAAAUUGGAUCGAGGGGGUGGGGAAGGACGUGUGGGCGGCGUAG